UGAGUUCAACUCCGCUAGAGCGGUUGCUAAGGAAGUGAGUCUGUGUUCCCUUCUAAUCCGGGACUAGAAGGGUACAGGGCAGUAAUGGCCGGUAGUUGGAGCAACUGAUGCUUAAGUACUCUGUUUUACAAUGUUUUCACGUCCUAAACAAUGGCGGACCAGGCCUCCUGGUUUGUUUCAAUUAUUGUUUUAGUCAUUACGAGAUUACGGAGUUGGAGUAAAUGAUCUGCGAUUAUUAUUCUUGCAGAAGAUGUGCUUUGUUUAGCCGUUGCUAGGCCGCUGCUUACUGAAUUUGUCCAUCUGCUAGUCAUUUCACUCUGGUAGAAAAGUCAUGAGAGAGCUUAAUGUCCGAUCCUUAAUGCUACAAAGCUUUGUUGCAAAGUGAAGCAUUUUGCAAAUUAAAUGUAUUAGCUUUGCAGUAGUACGAUGUUGAAUACCUUAUAGGUAAUGUUUGAUAUGGAAGCAUUUGGAGAAUUUCAAGGUGCUAAAACUAUGCACUACUAAAUGUAGCAACCAUUUCUCUGCAUAGCCCAUCGGGGAAACAAACACAAUGUCCAAGGUGAAAAGCUCAGAGACAGUGAGGGUAGUUGUGAGGUGUCGACCAAUGAAUGAAAAAGAAGUCGCUGCUGGUUUUGCCAGAGUUGUUAAUGUGGAUGUAAAAUUGGGACAGAUUUCGGUGAAAAAUCCUAAAGUAGCGUCAGCAGAGCUUCCCAAAUCAUUCACAUUUGAUGCUGUGUAUGACAGUAAUUCCAAGCAGCUAGAACUGUAUGAUGAGACAUUCAGACCUUUGGUUGAUUCUGUUCUUCAGGGAUUUAAUGGCACUAUAUUUGCUUAUGGGCAGACUGGAACUGGCAAAACAUAUACCAUGGAAGGAGUCCGCAAUGAUCCUGAUCGUCGCGGGGUCAUACCAAAUUCCUUUGAACAUGUCUUUACUCAUAUUUCCAGAUCUCAGAACCAGCAGUACCUAGUGAGGGCAUCUUAUCUAGAAAUAUAUCAGGAAGAAAUCAGAGACUUGUUAUCAAAAGAUCAAAGUAAAAGACUAGAGUUAAAAGAAAGACCUGAUACUGGUGUGUAUGUUAAAGAUCUGUCAUCGUUUGUAACAAAGAGUGUCACAGAGAUCGAGCACGUCAUGAAUGUUGGUAAUCAGAAUCGAUCGGUUGGAGCUACUAAUAUGAACGAACAUAGCUCUAGAUCACAUGCAAUUUUUAUGAUAACAAUUGAAUGCAGUGAGACUGGACUGGAUGGAGAAAAUCACAUUAGAGUAGGGAAGCUUAACUUAGUGGAUUUGGCAGGAAGUGAACGUCAAACUAAAACUGGAGCCCAAGGAGAAAGAUUGAAAGAAGCUACUAAAAUCAACCUUUCUUUGUCUGCUUUAGGCAAUGUUAUAUCAGCACUUGUAGAUGGCAAAAGCACCCACAUUCCAUACCGUGACUCUAAACUGACUCGACUUCUUCAAGAUUCUUUAGGUGGUAAUGCCAAGACUGUUAUGGUAGCUAAUGUUGGUCCUGCUUCGUACAAUGUUGAAGAGACUCUUACAACCCUGCGAUAUGCUAACCGUGCCAAAAAUAUAAAGAACAAACCAAGAGUAAAUGAGGAUCCUAAAGAUGCACUUCUCAGAGAGUUCCAGGAAGAGAUUGCCCGAUUAAAGGCUCAGCUGGAAAAGCGUUCCACGGGCAAAGAAAGGAAGAAGGGGAAAAGGAGACUGAUAGGAGGAGGAGGAGGGACUGAAGACGGUGAAGAAGAUGAUGCUGAUGAAGAAGACAAGGAUGAUUCUCUGUACUGGAAACAACAACAGGAAAAACUGGAAAAAGAAAAAAAAGCUGUUUUGGAUGACCACAGUUUGGUGGCAGACGAAAAACAAAAACUGCUUAAAGAGAAAGAGAAAAAAAUGGAAGAUCUGGAAAGAGAGAGAGAGGCAGCUGAGAUGCUUACUUCUAAAAUAAAGACAAUGGAGAGCAAGCUGUUAGUUGGAGGGAAGAACAUUGUAGAUCACACCAACGAACAGCAAAAAAUUCUGGAGCAGAAAAGGCAAGAAAUUGCCGAGCAGAAACGACGUGAACGAGAAAUCCAACAACAAAUGGAAAAUCGUGAUGAAGAAACUUUGGAACUCAAGGAGACCUAUAGUUCUUUGCAGCAGGAAGUGGACAUUAAAACAAAGAAAUUGAAAAAGCUGUUUUCAAAGCUACAAGCUGUAAAAUCAGAGAUUCAUGACCUGCAAGAGGAGCACAUCAAGGAGAGACAGGAACUGGAGCAGACGCAAAAUGAACUCACCAGGGAGCUGAAGCUUAAACAUCUUAUCAUCGAAAACUUCAUUCCCUUGGAAGAGAAGAAUAAGAUUGUGAAUAGGUCCUUCUUUGAUGAAGACGAAGACCAUUGGAAGCUUCAUCCUAUCACACGGCUAGAGGAUAAUCAGCAGAUGAUGAGGCGCCCUGUGUCAGCAGUUGGAUACAAGAGACCUCUGAGCCAUCUCGCCAGGGUGUCAAUGAUGAGAACACCCGACGCCAGAUACAGAGCAGAGAAUAUAAUGCUGCUGGAGUUAGAUAUGCCCAAUCGAACCACAAGAGAAUAUGAGGGACCAGCUAUUGCCCCCAAAGUGCAAGCAGCGCUGGAAGCUGCUUUUCAGGAUGAAGCUGAUAUUCAAGUGGAUGCAUCAACUUUAGAAAGUUCAUCAGUCAAAAAAUCCAAGUCCAGGCCUAAAAAUGGAAAAAGGCCGGGUACCUCAUCUUCUUCAGGUAGCUCUGGAUUUCUUCAGUAUCCACAGUCAAGGGGCCUUGUUCCGAAGUAACUGUAUAUAUUAUUUUAGUACUAACAAAUUCAACAGACCUUGACAAGAAGAAUGAAAAGCAGGAAUGUUUAAAUUUUGAAGUAGAAGAGAGAUUAUGGGAAUUACUUCAAAAAAAGACAGAUUCCCUUUUGUGGGAAAUGAAGUACAGAUUGUUGGGAAGUUUAUGGGAGUGAAACCUAAUUGUUUACAGACUCUUAGGGCAUAAAAUCAGUUUUAUUCUCAAUCUGUAAUGUCAGGUUGUUGUACUCUUGUUCAAGUUUAAGAACUGCUCAACUUUUUAGGCCUGUCGGUGCUGAAGUGACUGAGUGUACCCCCUACUAUACCAAAAUACCAGAUGUAAGUUUUGGGAUAAAUAGUUUGUCCAUCAGAUUGCUUCCUUUUGCUUUAAAUGUCCACCUUGUGCUUUCAGUGUUUGAGGCCAGAUGUUAACAUGUUUACAAUAAACUGAUGACAGAUACCUGAGAGAACACCGACAGUUUUUGAUGGUAGAAGUCGCGUUGUAGUGGAA